GAAAGAAAGUUAGGAAACAAGUUCAAGUCGACCAGUCAAUAAUUACAGGAACAUAGAGAAGGUACCUGCUCUUACAUGACAGCAGAAUGAAGUUUUAUUUACACUUUGAAUCAGUACCUGAGUUCACCAUGGUUGUGAAGUGGGAAGACGAUCAAGAGGGUAAAGUACAAGAUAUGAUACGGCUAUUCUGUGGUUCUUACAACAAGAGACAUGGUGAUGUCAGAUUACUGUUACAGGAAGAUGUAUUUCUUGCAACGAGAGACAGAAAAAAGUUAAAAUUUUCUGACUCCAUUCAUAUACUCAAAGACAAAUCAGAUGUAUUUGUUCACGUCAAUGAUGAAAAUGAAGAACAGCUUCUUGAGAAGAAGGCAACAGAGAAGACACCAAUUGUGAAACCGAAAGAGAAGCCAACAUCUGUUGCUGCUCCUUACGCCAAAUCAGCGGCACUAUUUGAAUAA